AUGGGGCUGCCCACUCUGGAGUUCAGCGAUUCCUACUUGGACAGCCCGGAUUUCAGGGAGCGCCUGCAGUGUCACGAGAUUGAGCUGGAGCGAACCAACAAGUUCAUCAAAGAGCUCAUUAAGGACGGCUCUCUGCUCAUUGGGGCGCUGAGGAACUUGUCUAUGGCUGUACAGAAAUUUUCUCAGUCACUACAAGAUUUCCAGUUUGAAUGCAUUGGUGAUGCUGAAACAGAUGAUGAAAUUAGUAUUGCUCAGUCUCUAAAAGAAUUUGCAAGGCUGCUUAUUGCAGUAGAAGAAGAAAGACGAAGAUUGAUUCAAAACGCUAAUGAUGUUUUAAUUGCACCACUUGAGAAAUUUCGAAAAGAACAGAUAGGUGCAGCAAAAGAUGGGAAGAAGAAGUUUGACAAAGAGAGUGAAAAAUACUAUUCCAUUCUUGACAAGCAUUUAAAUUUGUCUGCAAAGAAAAAGGAGUCUCAUUUGCAAGAGGCAGAUACACAGAUUGACCGAGAACAUCAAAACUUCUACGAAGCAUCAUUAGAAUAUGUCUUUAAAAUCCAAGAGGUUCAAGAGAAAAAGAAGUUUGAAUUUGUUGAGCCGCUUUUGUCAUUCCUUCAGGGUUUAUUUACUUUUUACCAUGAGGGAUAUGAACUCGCCCAGGAAUUCGCACCAUAUAAGCAACAGCUGCAGUUCAACUUGCAGAAUACAAGGAAUAAUUUUGAAAGUACUCGACAAGAGGUAGAGAGGUUGAUGCAGAGGAUGAAAUCUGCUAACCAGGACUACAGACCCCCCAGCCAGUGGACGAUGGAAGGCUAUCUAUACGUCCAGGAGAAACGACCACUUGGUUUUACGUGGAUUAAACAUUAUUGUACAUAUGAUAAGGGAAGUAAAACAUUUACAAUGAGUGUUUCAGAAAUGAAAUCCAGUGGGAAAAUGAACGGCCUUGUUACUAGCUCACCGGAAAUGUUUAAGUUAAAAUCUUGUAUCCGACGAAAGACAGAUUCAAUUGACAAACGAUUUUGCUUUGACAUAGAAGUGGUUGAAAGGCAUGGGAUCAUCACAUUACAGGCCUUCUCAGAAGCUAACAGAAAACUUUGGCUUGAAGCCAUGGAUGGGAAGGAACCGAUUUAUACCCUGCCUGCCAUUAUUAGCAAGAAAGAAGAAAUGUACUUAAAUGAAGCAGGCUUCAACUUUGUGAGGAAAUGCAUUCAGGCCGUGGAGUCCAGAGGCAUCACCAUUUUAGGCCUCUACCGCAUAGGAGGAGUGAACUCCAAAGUUCAGAAACUCAUGAACACUACAUUUUCUCCAAAAUCACCUCCUGAUAUCGACAUUGAUAUUGAAUUGUGGGACAAUAAGACAAUAACAAGUGGGCUGAAAAACUACCUCAGGUGCCUUGCAGAACCACUGAUGACCUACAAGUUACACAAAGAUUUUAUUGUUGCUGUUAAAUCUGAUGACCAAAACUACAGGGUGGAGGCUGUACAUGCGUUGGUGCACAAAUUGCCGGAGAAAAACAGAGAGAUGCUGGACAUCUUGAUAAAGCACCUAGUCAAAGUAUCACUACAUAGCCAACAAAAUCUCAUGACUGUCUCAAAUCUCGGUGUCAUAUUUGGACCAACUCUGAUGAGAGCGCAGGAAGAAACUGUGGCUGCCAUGAUGAAUAUUAAGUUUCAGAAUAUUGUUGUUGAAAUUCUGAUAGAGCACUAUGAAAAGAUUUUUCAUACUGCCCCAGACCCAAGCAUUCCCCUUCCUCAGCCUCAGUCCCGAUCUGGAUCCCGGAGGACACGAGCAAUCUGCUUGUCCACAGGCUCCCGGAAGCCCAGGGGCAGGUAUACCCCCUGCCUGGCAGAACCCGACAGUGACUCCUAUAGCAGCAGCCCAGACAGCACACCCAUGGGUAGCAUUGAGUCACUCUCCUCUCACUCCUCUGAACAAAAUAGCACUACCAAGUCAGCUUCCUGCCAGCCCCGGGAGAAGUCUGGAGGCAUCCCCUGGAUUGCAACCCCAUCGUCUUCCAAUGGACAGAAAAGCCUUGGGCUCUGGACAACCAGUCCUGAGUCAAGUUCUAGAGAAGAUGCAACCAAAACAGACGCAGAGUCAGACGGACAGAGCGUCGCCUCCGUCGCUAGCCCAGGGGACACCUCACCACCCAUAGACCUCGUCAAGAAAGGGCCGUACGGACUCUCAGGGCUGAAAAGAGCCUCUGCGUCCUCCCUCAGAUCCAUCUCCGUGGCCGAAGGAAACAAGAGCUACAGUGGAUCCAUUCAAAGCUUAACUUCUAUAGGUUCCAAAGAGUCACCCAAAGCCACACCAAACCCAGACUUGCCUCCAAAAAUGUGCAGGAGGUUAAGGCUAGACACUGCAUCAAGCAAUGGCUAUCAGCGACCUGGCUCAGUAGUGGCGGCAAAAGCCCAGCUGUUUGAAAAUGUUGGUUCACUUAAGCCGGUUUCUUCUGGGCGCCAAGCCAAAGCCAUGUACUCCUGCAAAGCUGAGCACAGCCAUGAGCUCUCCUUCCCCCAAGGGGCGAUAUUUUCUAACGUGUACCCAUCAGUGGAACCCGGAUGGUUAAAGGCAACUUAUGAAGGCAAAACAGGACUAGUCCCAGAAAAUUAUGUUGUCUUCCUCUAAUGCUGUUUAGUGGAUGGCAGUAUCUUCAUGGUAUCCAUGGUGACAAAUAAGAAGUGCGAUGAUUUUAUCUGACACAGAUAUGGGGAUCAGCCCACUCAAUGAAAACAGUCCAUUUCUAUCAAGUUCUUCACCUGCAGACUAUGUAGCUCCAUAUUAAUGGAAAAAGAAAAUAAGAAAGUAUAAACUAUUUACCAUUCUUUCUUGGCUGGUUUCUUAUUUUAAAAAUAUUACUUUAAAAAAAACGGUAAGUCACUCUCUACAAUGUCUCUUCCAUAGUAACUGUGGAAUCUCAAAUACCAUGUUAAAAUAUUAUAUCCCCAAAAUUUGAAAACCAGAAACCUGCUAUAUGGAUUUUGAGAUGCGUCUUUUACUGUCGGGCAUUCUCUGAGCAACCUUGAACUCAUUACUUAAAAAUGUAAUUUAAAUUGUUCAUUUUAUUAUUUUUUUCUUAAAAAUAUACUGCUUUUAUAUGUGAUUGUUUUGCUGGUCCUAAACAUUUCAAGGAAAUAAGUCUUCGUUCUAACAUAAUUUUAUUUUGUUUCCUAAAUAGAUGAUAAUAUUCAGAAGCAAUAAUGUAUAUGAUGUCUGUAAAGAAAGCCAACUUAAGUCAUACACUGAUUCCACUGUAAACAGUCCAUCCAGCAUUGCAGAUAGCUUCCAUGGGUGUAGAGGAGGGAUCAGCAAACUGUUUCUGUUAAAGACUAUUAGUAGAAGGGUUUGUGGUGGGCUCGAUUUGGCUUGUGGGUCAUAGUUUGCUGACCCUUAGUUUAGAGAAUGUGUGAAAUUGUUCUUUAUAACUUUGGGAUUUUAUAAAAUUUUACUGCAUUAACAUAUAAAUACUGAUAAGUCAUACACAUAUACUCUCUGCUAGUAGCAGAAUAGUGGCAUCACAAAAGUAUAGCUAUAAUAAUGGAUAAACUGUAAAAGCACAGUACAAAGGCAUACUACUUAAAUUCCACUUGUAACACUCUAAAGUGUCAAAAUAUUGUAAUGGUACCCAGCAUUGGCUUUGGGGACACUGUUUUACAAAUGAUAAAGAUGUUUGAUGAUACUAGUAGGGAAGCUAUGCCUCAAAGUCUAUGUUUAGUUGAAACAGAAAAUAAACAAAAAGACACAGGACUCUUCAAUCAUAUUGAGUCACAAAAUUUGAAAUUGUGUCAUCAUCUUUAACAGUAAUAAAAUCUGUAUGUGAUUUUCUUUUAUGCCAAUAAGUGUAACAUCCUUUAUUAGGAUUUUUUUCUGGAUUUAUAGAGAACAAAAAUUUAUGUUUACUACCCAUCAACAUUUGGUCAUGCAGCAAUUGUUUCUAUAAUUUCUAUUUCAACAAUUCUAAUAUAUUAUUUCUAUAAAUAUCUAUAUGUGGCAAAAAAAAAAAAGAAACAAAAAAGAAACUUUCUUAGGAUUCCAAAAAGUGGUUAUUUACCAUGUGGCUGCCUACUCGGCCUUGAUAUCUUACUUGAUAUUUCAGACUUUCCCCUAUAUAGACACUCAGGUAUUAACUUUUUAAAUCUCUUUUUUACAUGAUAUUGUAAUCUGUAGCCUCAAUCUCUUUCAUGUUCAAUUAAUACUACUAGAACUAAUAGGCUAAACACAUACACAUACAAACCAUGUCUCAGUAUUUAUGCUUUUAAAAAGAAAAGUAAUAAAAAUAGCCAGAAUUAGGAUUAACCAGUGAAGAGCAUAGUAGUGAACAGAGUCACAGCCGGGAAAAUGUAUCAGUGAAUCAAAAUAAUGAAAAACAUUCUAACAGCAUAAAAAUUGGUGAUGUAGUGGAAAGAUCUGAUGAAAGUGUAUCUUGUUCUUUUCCCUCUUGCUGUUGACUCUGUUCACUAUAAUAAGGUGCCGGAGCUUCUUGGCCAAAGUCCUUGGUGGCCAUUAGUAGUAUUGACAGCAUUGCCAGUCUAAUUACCUUCUGCGGGAACAGAAGGUAGCCUUUCCAGUGUACCAGCCCUUAGUGGCUAGGGCACCCACGUUUUAAGCACUCUUGCCAUUACCUGGCAUUCUGCUGGAUUAGAACCUCUCCAGGCAAAUUGGCUUUCUUUCAAAGACCAACUUGACUCCAAAGAGAGAUUCAGAAUCCUACUUCACUUGCUGCUGCAUAAAGAAAUCUCAGCCUUCAUUUUACUUUAACACAGACCAGAGUGUCCCUAUUAGCUAGUAACACUGAUGCUCAAUGAGAAACAAAAGCCGUUGCUUCUAGAACAUGGCUGUGUCAUCCAGCUCUCCUUCUAAUGAUGAUACUUGCUUUGUGGCAGUCCCUACAGUGAUCCCUUUCCUGAAGCAAGCAACAAAUGUGUUGGUUCAAGUUAUGCAUUUGUUUGAAGUUUUCAUCUUGCAGAUUUGUGAGGAGGGUUCUUUUUCUUCAUAUGGAUUACGUAUGUAAGCAAGACCUGGCUACAUACUGGAGACAGGCUAUAGCUGCUUGUCUUUUGUUGUUAAGUUUCCUACAGAUAAGGUAUUUUGAGCAUGGAGAAAAUCAUGGAAAUUAAACACCUGGAGUAUUAAUUAUACAGGAAAACAAAGCUACUCAUUGGAAUAGGACCACUUUCAGAAUUGUAAUAGUAUUGUAAUAACAGAAUUUGAGCUUUUCAGAGACAAUGUGAAGAUAUGUUAGAAUUGCCAAAUCCAUUACGUUGGAGCAUGCAACAAGUGUACCCUGAUCACAGUUUAGGAUAUAAUCAGUGUGAGGAUGACAUUGAGAGGCCUAAUCAAGGAUCUCGCGUGUUACAUGACAACAUCCCUGAGAAUAAACUUUUAUGAGUUUCACAGAUGACUUUUUUAUUGUUCCAUAACACCACCAAAAUUAUAGAAGCUUUUCAGUCAACUGACGGAUUUUUCUGUUGUGUUCUGUGUUCAUGUCUGAAAAGUAAUGUUCCUCUAAACGUCUAUGAAGUAUGGAGAAGUGCUGUUUCUCCUUGUUUGAUGUGAAUGGUUUCGCUUGUUUGUUGCAUUGGUUCUCUGUGCUUUGUAAUGUACAGGAGCAUAACAAGGCUUCUCAACACUGGCUCCUUUGCUGACUCUUUCAGGAAUGGUGGGGGAAAAAUGUACUUAACAAUCCUUCAGUUCCAAACUAUCCCAGUUCCCAAAUAGGAAAAAAUAAAGAGAUGCAACAACUUUCA